AUGAGCGCUUCGGCAUCGGACGUGAUUCGAGUUGCGGCGCUGGCCUGGGAGAUCUAUCGCAUGGGAUGGGGCGAAGAAUUUGAUGCAAGUCAAGCGUACCAGGACUUUGGAAAUGAUAUAAAGGGUCUGGCCGAGAAUUUGAACAACAUCGUUCGCGUCGUGGAGAAUGCGCGAGCAACUUGGAUCCAAGAGUCGGUACGGGUAGUCCGGUCUCGAGCACCACCUCUCCAGAAAGACUGGGACCUGUCUUCACUCCACGAGAUCGUCGGAGACUACAGAAGUACUCUUGAGGAUUGUAAAAGAUUACUAGAGCAAAACUACGAGCUGGAGUCGCACAAUUCGAAGAUCUCUAUUCUUCUCAAACCUUUGGAACUCAACCUCCUUUCCGAUAUUCAUCGCGAUCUUGCCGAUCGUAUAGAUGCUGUCCACCAAAGCAUACUCCAUCUCCAUGGCCUUCUCAUUCCUGACGUUCAGCAAGCGAUUUCUGAACAAGGACGGCCCGUUUCAAUACCUCUGAUCGUGCCUGGAGACAUUGAGAGACGAUUCCAAACUGCCGCAGAAAGAUUUUACCCUGCAGUUAGAAGUCCUGGCAAUUUUCCUUUGCAAGCUGGCGCAGAUGCAUUUGUCGCGCACAUAAACGAAAGCACGAGGAAGUUUUCGGCUGGAAAUUUUCUCAAUGAGAGAACGCCACCACCGAAGCAGUACCUAUCACUUCUGAAAUGCGUCUGGAUUAUGAGAUGUCUACAAGAGAGUUAUGAAUUGCGAACAGCUCCGGAUUCUUCACAAUGGCCAGGAUACAUUGCGCAGUUGAAUGAAGAUCUAUCCGUGGAAUGCCUUCGUUUUACAGCUCCGUCAGCUCAGCGCCUGAUUGCGCCAGACCUAAGCAGCCCAAGACCUGACGACGAAUUUAGUAUAUGGCCUGGAGAGGAUAUUUCAGAAUACAUUUCCCCGCAUUCCGAAGUCUACUUGGAAGAGAUCCUCAAGCUUCCGAUGCCAAGUCCUUCUCCAACACUUCGACGAACAAUGACGGUAUACAAGCUAGACGCAACCAAAUACAGAUUGGUAGAAUCCAUCGAAGAUUCAAGUGGUCCAACGGAACGCCGGCAAGAGUAUAAAAUGGAAAUCGAUCUCAGAACAGUCAAUCUGACGCCAAUCUAUGCCACGCCAAGCUCCAGGCCGAAAUCUAUGGAAGUUCAAAUUACUUCCAGCAGUGCGAAUACAAAUCCUACCUUUCAAGAACAUAAACAAAUGAUGCGCUUUCAGCAUCUAUUGACUGGUUAUCAAGUAUUUGACAGAUAUGACCAAGCGAUGGUGACAGCCUCAUUUUUCAUUUCUGGCCAAGAGAAGCCAAUCGAAGAGCAUGCGAGGAUCCAGAUCUGGCUUCCCCAUCCCUUUGCAUCAUCAUCAAAGUCUGCAAACACGUCGACAUCGACAACUCCUAAUGCACUCCAAAGUCCUUCAUCAAGCACCUUUCAGGGCCCAACAACGCAGAACCCGAUGCGCAGCAACACCCGAGACUCUCUUAAUGCAUCCAUGGAGUCCAUGACCAUUGGGAGAUAUGCCUCCAUGGAAUCAAUGACAACAAGUAGGAGCCGUGACAACAGAACACCAAGUCGACUCACAAAAUCUUCUAGUCGAGCCUCGCUGGGAACUGGUAGAGAAUCAGCAACAAUUGGAAAUAGUCGAGAGGAUGUUAGAUCGAGCGCUUUCAGCAUGCGAUCAUUUACAAACAAGUCUCGCCAACGGCCGCCGAGCGUCAUGACCACUUCUAGCACUACAUCUCGUCGUAGCACCGCAACAUCUAUCACCACCAUCAGUACUGGUGCUGGAAAUAAGGCACACCUCCAUACCAAGCCAGCUAAGCCUCUGCUUGUCAUCUUUCUCAAGGGGAAGGAUGCGGCAGCGAAACUUGCAAUCGUCGCAAUUCAGAUGGAUGACAAGACAGAAGUAAAGCGGGAAAGGUGUGGAUGCCGAUCAUCGAAUAGUGACUGCAGGUACAGUUGUAUUGAGCGCUCAGAUGGGCCUUUGAUGAUACAGCGGUGGGAUGCUGAAGAAGGGCUUGGCAGUUGGAAUCUGGCCAAGUUGGGGGUAGAUCAGAGAAAAGAAUUACCUGCAGAUGCUUGGAAUAACGUGAAACGAGUCUCUUUGCAUUUCAACAAGACCGAAGACAGAUACACAUUCUCUGGAAGCCCCUGCGCGUGCAAACCGAAAAUGCAGCACGAUCUCGCGAGAUGUAUUCUCGAGAGACACCAUGGCAUAUUUGGGGUUGUGAAACAGAUUGGAAGCCAGCGACUACGAAACUAUCAUCAAGAGCGUGAUAAGGCAACUGGUGAGAAUAUGGUUAUGGGAGCUUUGCCUGAAGACGAGGAAUGGUAGAUGGCACUCCCAAUUUUGAAAGUUAGAUACCCUUUUCAAUUGUGUCAUGGUCCAUAAUAGACGGAAUCAAAUUUUGAUAAAAAGCAUGUAAGACUCAGCUCUGGACUCGAGGUUUCCAAG